AGGAAGAGGCUUUCAUUUGACUUCCGGCGGCCUCGGAGGAAGGACGCAAUGGGCGUGCUGAGCGAGCUGAGCCGGGGCCUAGUCCGCGGGGCGGACCGGAUGUCGGCCUGGACUAGCAAGCGAGGGCCGCGGACUUUCUACAAGAGCCGCGGGGCGAAGAUGCUGGGCUACCGGACGGCCGGGGGAAAGUUCCGGCUGGUCCCAGAGCAAGUCCCGCGGCUGGUGGUGCCGGACUUGAGCGGCUUCAGGCUCAAGGCCUACGUGUCCUACAGGGCGCCGGCCGGCAGCGAGCCUCCCCUCACGGCCCGGGCCUUGUUCCAGCGCACCGCCGCCGCCCAGAUCGAGAAGGACCUGAAAGAAGGCGCCUUCGACCCGGAAAGGCUGGAGAAGUACGGCUUCGAGCCCAGCCAGGAAGGGAAGCUCUUCCAGCUCUUCCCCAAGAACUUCGUCCGGUAGGGAAGGGGCAUUUCCGGAUACGAGAUGAGGAACAAUAGCAUCUCCCCAGGGAUGAAGGGCCUCAAAAUGCAAGGGAAGGGUUCCCAGGACUAAACAAUACACGGCAGAAUGAGAAAACCCAUUGAAAUGAGCAUUUUUGGGUGGAAGAUGAGGCUCCAAACCUUCUCUCAAGUGAUAAAGAGCCUCAAAAUGCCACAAAGAAUCCAUUGAAAGGUUCCCGAGACAAAAUAAUACAUUGCAAAAUGAGAAAAUCCAUUGAAAUUAGCAAUUUUGGGUGGAAUAUGAGGUUCAAAAUCAUCUCUCAAGUGAUAAAGGGUCUCGAAAUGCAACAAAGAAUUCAUUUUGAGCUUCCUGAGACUAAAUACAUUGCAUAAUGAGGAAAUCCAUCAAAAUGAGCAUUUUUGGGUGGAAGAUGAGGCUCAAAAUCAUCUCUCAAGUGAUGAAGGGCCUCAAAAUACCACGACAAAUUUAUUCCAAGCUUCCAGAGACUAAAUAAUACAUUGCAAAAUGAGAAAAUCCAUUGAAAUGAGCAUUUUUCGGUGGAAGAUGAGGCUCCAAACCAUCUCUCAAGUGAUAAAGAGCCUCAAAAUGCCACAAAGAAUCGAUUGAAAGGUUCCCAAGACUAAACAAUACAUUGCAAACCAGGAAAUCCAUUGAAAUGUGCAUUUUUGGGUGGAAGAUGAAAUUCAAAACACUCUCAAGUGAUGAAGGGCCUCAAAAUACCACAAAGAAUUCAUUUCAAGCUGAGACUCAAUAAUAGUAAUAAUAAUAAUAAUACAUUGCAAAAUGAGAAAAUCCAUUGAAAUGAGCAUUUUUGGGUGGAAGAUGAGGCUCAAAAUCAUCUCUCAAGUGACAAAGGGUCUCAAAUGCCACAAAUAAUCCAUUGAAAGCUUCCCAAGACUAAAUAAUACAUUGCAAAAUGAGAAAAUCCCUUGAAAUGAGCAUUUUUGGGUGGAAGAUGAAAUUCAAAUUACUCUCAAGUGAUGAAGGGCCUCAAAAUGCUUCGAAGAAUCCAUUGAAUGGUUUCCAAGACUAAAUAAUACAUUGCAAAAUGAGAAAACCCAUUGAAAUUGCUUUUUCUGAAGAGAAGAUGAGGAACAGAACCAUCGCUCAGGUGAUUAACUGCUUCAAAAUGCCACAAAGAACUCAUUUCAAGGUUCCAGAGAUGAAAUAAUACAUUGCAGAAUGAGAAAAUCCAAUGUAAUGAGCAUUUUUGGGUGGAAGAUGAGGUUCCAAACUAAUCUCUCAAGUGAUAAAGAGCCUCAAAAUGUCUCAAAGAAUCCAUUGAAAGCUUCCCAAGACUAAAUAAUACGUUGCAAAAUGAGAAAACCCUUUGAAAUUGGUUUUUUUGAAUACAAGAGGAACAAAACCAUCACUUGGGUGAUUAACGGCCUCAAAAUGCCACACAGAACUCAUGUCAAGGUUCCAGAAAGAAAAUUACUGCCAUCUAAGUCUGUUAAAAUAACAUUUUUGUAUUAAAAUAGGGGGGAAAUGCUACCCAGUUGAGAAAGCGCCUUGAAAAUGUUCUAAAGUUGAUUUAUUGAAGCUGAUGCACUCUGAGAAGGCACACUUAAUGCUUUCUAGGUUUUGAUGAAUGAGACUCUUGGAAUUGAACUGAGUAAAAGUGGAAAGGAUUCAUAA